AUGUUAUCGCUACCAAGCAGUACGAUGUGGCCUUUCGCCUUGAUAGCAACGUUAUUGCUUCAACUCGUCGCAGCCACAGACAUUCGAAACGCCAAUGAAACGAUCCUGCAGCCUAGAGUCUUUGGAAGGACACCUUUGCAGAACUGUCUCAUACGAGCAGGCAUCGAGGUGGUUGCUGCCGAUAUCAGCGCUGCUGAUCUCUACUUUCAAGCGUCUGCUUCCGACAACGUCAUCUUCCACUACAAUCCGACACUCAUCGCAUAUCCUGACAACUCUGCACACGUCCAGAAAGCCGUGCUGUGCGCCUCGGAACACUCGAACGCUCCGAUUGCUGCACGAAGUGGUGGUCACUCUUUCGCAGGUUUCGGCAGUGGUGGUAUGGACGGCUCCAUCGUCCUUGACCUCACUCGACUCAACACUGUCACAUCUCAUCCUCAAAACGGCACCGUCCAAGUUGGUCCUGGUACUCGUCUCGGCGACGUGGUAAAGGGUCUCUGGCACCAAGGAGAUGCUCACCGCGCCAUGUCCACCGGCACUUGUGCAGCAGUCGGUGUCGGUGGUCUCAGUCUUUGUGGCGGCUUUGGUCCCAUGUCCAGAAAGUGGGGCCUCACCACCGACAGCAUCCUCGAAGCUGACCUCGUCCUUGCUAAUGCAUCCAUGGUCACUGUAUCCGAACAACAGCAUCCAGACCUGCUGUGGGCCAUCAGAGGUAGCGGCUCUUUCUUUGGAAUCGUCACUCGCUUCCUCUUUCAGAGCCACGACGCUACUCCACCCGUUGUCUCCUUCGAGUACCGUUGGACCCCUUCCCUCGACAGCAUAGACAAGGCUCUCGCAGUAAUGAUCGCCGUCCAGGCCUUUUCCCUCGAGCCAGACCUUCCCAAUGAUCUCGGCUUCCACAUCCAGCUCCGCCAGCCUUCCCGCCAUGAUCCUCAGCCUGCUCAGAAUCGUCCCAUGUCCAUCCAAGUCAAAGGCAUCUGGCUCGGCUCUUCUGACGACUGGAACCGCUUCCAAGCAAAGCUUAAGAAGCAACUUCAGUCGCAUUCUGCACCGCAGCCAGACCUUCAGAACGUCACUCUUCGCACCUACCUCCAACUCAUCGAGGACUGGGACGACUUUGGCAAGGGAGAACACAAGCUCGACACUGAAGCCAUCCACAAGCAGCACAACAACUUUGUUACAAAGUCUUCGCUCACUCUCCAACCAAACAAGGGCUUUGACCAGAACUCGUUGCGGCCGCUCUUCCAAUACAUUUGGGACACCAGCCUCACUGCUGGUUAUGACGUCGAGCUUGUCGACGGCAAACACGCCUUCUGGGCGUGGAACAUCUACUUUGAGCUCUUUGGUGGUGGUACGCCGGCCCAUGCGCAGCCCAAAGCCAAGCAACUUAGCAGCUUCCCACAUCGCGAUGGUCUCUGGCUCAUCCAGAUCGCAGUCGGAACUACCGCCAACAUGGAGCUUGCCCAUUCCGGCCACGUCUAUGCUCGCGAGCUCGAUGCACUGCUGAACCGCGCUAUCCAAACAGCAGGCAUUGGCAGAGGUGGAUACUCGUGCUACGUCGAUGCUGAGCUCCAACAAGACGAAUGGAAGCAGCUCUACUAUGGCUCAUCCAUCUCCCGUCUCGAGGAUCUCAAGAUGCAACUCGACCCAGACAACCUUUUCCGCAACCCUCAAACUCUCGGCAGCCGCAAGCAGAUUGAGGCUCGGCGCAGCAACAAAAGGCAGCACCGCGAUCCGCUUGGCUCAGACUCGACUUUGCAUCGACAAUCACGUCUGUAA